AUGGACAACUUAACCUUACUAACGGAAGGAAGUAGAAUAUAUUCUGAAAAGCGUAAAAGAAAAAAUGACCAAAUUCCGGAAAUUGUAUUCGAUGAAACUGCAAGAAGAGAAUAUUUAACAGGGUUUCAUAAGCGAAAGUUGGAAAGACAAGUAAGAGCAAAGAAAACUGCUUUAGAACGAGAAAAAAAAGUGAAGACUGAAGCAAAAAAAGCUGCCAAAGAAGUGCGAAUGAGACAAAUUGAAGAAAAUUUGGCGGCGACUCAAGCAAUGAUUAACAGUAAUAUUUAA